CCCAUCCCUGUUUCUGUCUAUUGCUGUGAAAUAGAUCUUUAAGACAACCAUGAACUCUUUCGAACUACCUCAGUCCCUGGUGUAGCUCCAUAAAUCUGAGAGCUGGAUUUAUGGGGAAUAUGGAGUGGUUUUCAGUGGGUUUUAGGAUGAUUUGUUGGCUUUGUUUUGUGGUUUGUGUGGGUGGGAUUGGAGCUAACUGGGGGACACAGACAAGCCACCCAAUUCCACCAAACACAGUGGUUCAGAUGCUCAAGAACAAUGGCUUUCAGAAGGUGAAGUUGUUUGAUGCUGAUGAGGGGCUUUUGAAUGCACUGAAAAAGAGUGGUUUGGAGGUGAUGGUUGGCAUCCCUAAUGACAUGCUUGCGGUGCUGGCCGCCAGUACGAAGGCAGCACAGAACUGGGUAUCUAAGAAUGUCUCGGAAUACAUCAAUGAUGGUGUGAACAUCAGGUAUGUUGCAGUUGGAAAUGAACCUUUCUUGCAAACAUACAACGGGAGCUUUCUGCAGACCACCUUUCCAGCCCUCCAAAAUGUUCAAGGAGCUCUAACCAAAGCUGGUCUGAGCAGCCAGGUCAAAGUUACUAUCCCUCUUAAUGCCGAUGUUUACGAGUCAUCAAGUGGCCGACCAUCUGAUGGGGACUUCCGUUCUGACAUCCGUGGUCUCAUGCUUGCUAUUGUUAAGUUCCUCAGCGACAAUGCUGCCCCCUUCACCGUCAACAUUUACCCUUUCAUCAGCCUCUACAGCGAUCCAAACUUCCCAGUGGAUUAUGCUUUCUUCGAGGGAAAUUCUUCCGCUGUCAUUGAUGGUACAACUAGUUACACCAAUAUGUUUGAUGCAAACCAUGAUACUCUCAUCUGGGCCCUGAAGAAAAAUGGAUACGGAAAUCUCCCUGUCAUUGUUGGAGAGAUCGGCUGGCCAACAGAUGGAGAUAUGAAUGCAAACCCUCAGUAUGCUCAACGAUUCAAUCAGGGAUUCAUGAACCACAUCCUGAUGGGGCAGGGCACGCCAGUGAGACCAGGACCAAUAGAUGCAUACCUUUUCAGUUUGAUCGACGAAGAUGAAAAGAGCAUCCAGCCAGGAAAUUUUGAACGGCACUGGGGAAUUUUCACUUAUGAUGGUUUACCAAAGUAUCAACUGAAUCUUGGGACGACGAAGUCCGGAGGAUUGGUUCGAGCUCUGAAUGUUCAAUAUCUUGACAAGAAAUGGUGCGUCCUCAAGCCUUCAGUCAACCUUGAUGAUUCCAGGAUCGCUCCAAGUGUAAGCUAUGCCUGUGCCAAUGCCGACUGCACCAGCCUGGGCUAUAACACUUCAUGUGGUAACUUGGAUGCACAAGGCAACAUUUCGUAUGCAUUCAAUAGUUUCUACCAGAAGAACGAUCAGGAUGCUGUAGCUUGUGAUUUUUCGAACUUGGCAACGAUCACGGAGAAAGAUCCAACUACAGGAACUUGCAGGUUUGAGAUCAUGAUUGUGGCAGAUUCUGGGAUGUCAUGGAAUCUGCCGCGAUCUCCAAUUUGCAGCCACACUCCCUGCUUCAUGGAGAUCAAUGAGUACCUCUUGAGAUGCAAAAGACUAAACAAGAUGGUGACCAUGAGAAUAAGUUUCAAGAUAGAAUGAGAUCAUCAAGGAGCCAUGUGGUGGUGCUGCGGAAACAAUCUCGCUCAGCAUGCUGCCUUUUCUUUUCUGUUCAAGUGAUUGGAAAAUAUGUUGUCAAUAAAACCAAAGCAGAGUAAGAUAGCUUUGGACGAUUUCUAAUGUCUGGUUCAGAGCUACAUACCGAUGGUUUGAGAUCCACAUUUGAUACAAA